AUGAAUAACUCUACACUGAACAUCAGCAUGCAUGAAGAAUCUACAAACUCCACAAAUUUGUAUGUUGGGCUGUCCAGUUGGGACAUGUUGGAUAGUUCUCUGUUUUGCUUUAAUUUGCUGUUUGGUUUUCCGACACACUCCUAUGUCAUAUGGCUUAUCAUCACUGGAACAGGAAGUGGAGUUGCAUCAGAGUUCUUCAACCUCAAUCUCUCUGUUUGUGAGACUGCUUACAGUCUGAGUGCUAUUUUCAAUCUACUGUCAUUUUUCUUUUCAAAACUCAUGAUAAGAAGACAUUUUUUCCAAGGAUUCGCCAUCACUGGUCGUCCUCUGUUUCAGUGUCUGAUCUGUGUUGAGUGUUACCUGGCAGUGGUUCAUCCUGUAACCUUUCUGAAGUACAAACCUCUCAGAUACAGAGUGAUCUGCUGCACUGUGGCCUGGGUAAUCACUCUUGGGUCCUGUUUGCUCACAAUGUUCAUUUCGGAGAAUGUUACAGCACACACGUGGUUCUUCUCUACACAGUUCCUCUCCUUCCUCUCCAUUCAUUUGUUUUGUCUUGUGGCUGUUCUCAGAGCUCUGAAGCAGUCAGGACCAGGAGAGAGAAUGAGAGAGAGAGAGGAGGAAAAUCACAUGAAGAGAAGAGCAUUUUAUCUCAUUCUAAUAAUUACAGUAAGCAUGAGUAUCAUAUAUGAGCCAUACAUAAUAAUAGGAUUCUCUUUCAUUUUGACUCAGCACUUAAUUAAGGAGCUCUUUUCUUUUAGUUUUAUUUGUUACAUUCUGGCUGGUUUUGUUCAGCCUGUUCUUUACCUGCACCGAGUUGGAAAACUUGAACUCCCAGAGGUGGCGGCGUCCACAAUGAUGUCUCUAGCAGUGGCGGCUGACGCUGCAGAACCUCCUGAGGUAGUGGCGCUCACUGCUAUGUUCCCUGAAGUGAUGGUGCCGCUGCAGUUUCUCCAGAGGAGGCGGUACAUGCUGCAGAACCUUCCGGCGGUGCUCACUUCAGCUCCUUGUGUGGUGCCCCGUAACAGAAUACUUGGCCACACAAAGAUCCAGCGGCUGUUCAAGUGGAUCAUGGCCAGGUAUGGACACAGCGAUCUUGUUGCUAGCCCUCAAGCAGGGCACCCGAUCACUUGA